CUGAGAUAAACAUUUUCUCACCCGAAGCCUCCCUUCAAGGACCCUACUUUUUAUCAUCCAUUUCAUUGACCUAUCAUCAGGCACAAUAAUGUACCUAGGACCUAGGUAGAUAGACAAAUUUCAGGGACUACUACUCGCCAUGAAUUACCGAUCUUUAAUCUCUUACACUGCUCUGGCGGUCUUCGUCGCCUCCAUCUUGCUAUGGCUUCGCAACUACAACUCGCUCCCUAAGCUUUCAAUAUCAAACCCGGCACAGCCGCAAAUGUUCUGGUUCGCCUUUGGUGAUUCCUACUCCGCUACAGGUUUUGAUAUCGGCUCUACGCAACCUUCGGCAUUAAACCCGAUGGGAAAUACUGCUCUCGAUCCAGGCACGCAAAGCGGCGGCAAUAACUGGAUUGGAUACUUGACUACACAGUACAACACUAGUUUGGUUCUAUCAUACAGCCUGGCCAUCGCCGGCGCAACAAUUGAUAAUUCAAUAGCCACAUGGGGAUUUGGUGAUAUGACUUCCCAAGUAGCCGCAUUCCAAUCAAAUUAUGCCUCGAGGCCAGCAUCUGCGCCUUGGACGGCAGACAAUACCAUUGUUUCGUUCUGGGUUGGAAUCAACGACGUUUACUAUGGCUUCGCGCAUAAUGACGACCCUUCUAUCUUCGUGUCUACAUUGCUAAACAAAUAUCGACCGCUCGUCGAGCAACUUUAUUCUAACGGGGUACGAAAGUUCCUGUUUCUGAAUUGUCCGCCAUCAACUCGCAGUCCGCAGGUGCAUGAAGAAAACAAUCUACCUGAACAGUUCCAGCGUCAUGCCGCGAUGGUGACAGCGUACAAUGACGGUUUGAAAGAUAUGGUGCAUCAUUUCAGCGAUGAUCAUAAAGAUGCAACGGUCGUGUUCUACGACUCGUGGGCUUUUAUGACACGCGUUCUUGAUAAUCCUGCUGAAUAUGGCUAUCGAGAUGCCACGUGCAUUAACGUCGAUGGGUCGAGUUGUGUGUGGUGGAAUAACUUGCAUCCCGGCUGGACGUAUCACAAGUACCAGGCUGACGAUAUGCUGGCCAGUCUUGCGCGUCUCGGGUGGUGAUGUCACCUAAGAUUCUUUGUCUGAUGCCUACAAAGUAUAAAGUACAGAGCACGGAGUAUGGAGUAAUGACCACUAAGAUGGGCUUGGCCGAAGAAAUGUUUGCUUCCAAGGUUGAUAAGUAUCUCAUUUAAGCGCUGUUAGCAGGUGAUAUAAAUAAUCCAC